CCCUAGUGCCUCGAUUUCAGACAGAAAGAAAGGAAAAUAAUAAUAAGCAAACUGCGCCGUAGACGCUUAGUUCUAUUUUGAGUCAUGAUGGAAGUUAGAUCCGCUAAUGGCAAUUUGCCCCGAGCUAGAAGGGCUUUCUGACGAAGACCAGGGUAAAAAAGGCUUGGCUCUCAUUUAUUUUCCAUAAAAUCUCGACGAUAGCCUCCCCUUUCGAUUUCCGCUUCUUUCUCGUCGAUCCUUUCCCGUAUUGUUCUCAUCAGGUCCUCACUCGUUAUUACUGACCAUAAUUCUUCAACUUCGUGUCGUUCGUUUUGAUAUAAUAUAUACUUAAUUCUUAAUAAUUAAAAUCAUCCUUAUCCUCAUUAUAACCUUAUUUUAGUCAACAAGACAAGAGUGGCAAUUACGAGAAAUGGCUUCGAAUGAGACGUCACGGCCAAUGACUGGGACGAGGAAUGAGCAUGGAAUUUCGCCAGUUGAGGAUUCGGCGGGAGCAGGUCACGAAAGUGUCGCCCGAAGGUCUGUGAACAGAGACGCACCGUCGUCGCCAACUAUACCAGCAGACCCCGCAACUAUCCAACCGCCACCCUCUACGCGCCAGCAACCAUACCCCCAGUCUCAAGCCCCCUAUCCUUCGUACCAAUACCCACCGCAGGCAUACUAUACCCAACCUGUUCGCCUCCUACCUCGGUACUCGAAAUCCUGGACAUUCAGCAAGCUCAUCCUCGCGCUCUCCCUCAUCAUCGUCGCCAUCGUGAUCGUAGCGUUGGCAUGCGUCUUCGUGACCGAAGCCGGCGACGCAUCCUGGGUGGCGGCGUACGCGCUCCCGAUCACCAUCGCCUCGAUCCUGUGGAAUGGCGCGGAGCUGAUCACGUUCGCGGUGCGGUCGCGCAAGAACGAGAAGCGCGGUAUCCACCCGGGCGCGCACGUGGGCCUGCACCUGUGCUUCUGGAUCGCCUGCGUGUUCGCCGUGCUGCUGUCCGUCACCGAGGCCAUCGCCGUGAACGCGGACGUGCGCGACUGCGCGGACGAGACCACCACCACCAGCACGUACUCGUAUUACAGCAGCUACUGCGACCAGUACGACGGCAUCGACAUGACCGGCAGGUACCUGCCGAUGCUGCGCGCGGUGGCGGCGCUCUUCUGCCUGAUGCUGCUCGUCCACUUUAUCCUGUUCGUGUUCGCUUGCGUCGACACGCAUAAGCGCAAUCUGUUGAAGCCGGCCGGCAUGGUCGUACCGCCCGUGGCUCCUCAGGCUGGCAUGUACUACCCGCCUCCGCAGCCCGGUGUCGCGCCUUAUUACCCGUACCCGGCCCCCAUGGCGCCUCAGCAGGGGCCCUUCGCUGGCCAGCCUAAUGUACCUGGUGCUGUUGCUGUGGGACAGAGGACGGACCCGGCGGCGCAGAACUACCAAAACUUCGCCGGGUUUUACGCACCGGUGCCACCGCAACCAACGUACGCUCCGGCGCAGGCUGCGCAAGUCCCGACGGGCUCGAACAACGAAAAGGUUGUGCCUUCUACCUCGGCAUAAGCUGGACGGAUAUUGUGUCGGAGAACGGGUUAGCAAGCAUUCUGAUAUGAUGGGAAUGGGUCAACCGAAGGCUUUCUGCAUUUAUGUUUAGCGUUUUUGCUUGAUUAGGGACGAGAUGUGUCUAUUGAUAGGUAUAAAUAUUGGCUAUGUCGGAUGUUAAUGUUGAUGUCGGAGAUACCCCUGAUUCGUUGCGUGCGAGGACUAGGAGGCGAGUCUACAGAACUAAUUAGGUUAAUGUACAACCUUGGGCAUCAAGGGUUAUUAUUAACUCGGG